GUUUGCGAAAAAUCAAUUUUUUGCAAGUCCAACGCUGUCUGUGCAUAUUUCAUUUGAAUUAAAAGUCAAAAGAAUAAUGUCCACCAAUGCUGACUGUUUCAUUGUGUUGCCCACAAAUUGUGCAAAUGGCUGUUUAAUUCUAGGUCGCAACGCUGACGAUGCGACAGCGGUGGGCGUGGCCACCGAAAUCUGUUACUAUGAUGUCAGCGAUGUGCUCGAGGGGAAGACUGAUGGCGGCGCUGCGUUGGAGCCGGUUGGCGAUGCACAACGUGUCAUAUUGCAGAAACCCAAGCCUGGGCUGUGGGGCGGCGACUUUGGAGCGAAUGAAAAAGGCGUGGCUAUCAGCCUCAGCUGGAGUGGCGGCGGCGAGGAGCAGGCAACAGACACCGAUUGCCUGCUGGGCACCGAUAUAGUGCGCAUUGCUUUAGCUGCUUGCCAGCAGGUGGAGGAUGCCGUGGAUCGAGUGGGCGAAUUGGUGGCCAAGCACAGUGGCGACAAUGCCAAGCUGAACUUUAUCGUUUGUGAUCCGACAGCUGCCUGGCUGCUGAGCUGCGCCGGCAAAGUGUGGGCAGCUGAGAAGUUGCAGGCCAGCUGGCUGCGUUUGCCCAGCGGUGGUUUGACUGUCACCGAUAAUGUGGACAAAUCCAGUGAGGGCUUGGAUAAGUCAGCUAGCUUUGCGGCUGCUCAUGAUGCUGAGGCGCAGGCGCCGGCGGCGGAUUGGUGUGGUCCCAGGCCAGCAGGCGAUGGCAACUAUACACAACAGGAUAUGUUUGAGACGCUGCGCUUAGCCAGCGGCCUGGGCUCGCGGGCGGCCAAUGUGUCCGUCUUGAGUGGUGGCAAGGGAAGUGGUGGCUCUAUAUCGUGCCACUGGUUCACCGGGACACCCAAUGCCGCCGACUCUGUGUUCAAGCCGUUUGUAUUUGCGCCCAAGCCGCGCAUUUCACCACUGACCCAGGUGCAGGCGGAUGCGGAGCAGACUUUGUUGCACAGUUUGCAUGGCAAUCGGAAGCCGGCUGCUUUGGAGCAUUUGCGGAGCUUGGAGCGAUCCUGUGUGGAUGAGUUGAACAAUUACUUUUCGAUACAGGAUCAUGCCAGCGAUGAGCUGGACGAACUGCUCAAGGAUUGCGUCGAGGCCGAGGUCAAAUUCUAUCGCUAAAUGCACUCAGACACAUAUAUAUAUAUAUAUAUAUAUAUAUAUAUAGAUAUAUACAGAUAUAUUUAUUGAUAUUCAAAACUAGCUUGCAAACCCAACUCGACAACGCUCCAAUUUGAUAUAUAGUAUUCAUAAGAUUAUGCUUAGGAUAUUCGUCG